AUGAAUUUGCUCCUUUUUAUUGUUUUUGUUGUGAUUUCAAGUGGUGAGAAUUUUUGGGAAUUUAAAUAAAGUGAAGAUUUUUAAAGAAGCUUUUUCGCCAUGUUCAAAAAAAGAGGAAAAAUAUGGAAUUGUUUGUGUUUGCAAUUCAACAUAUUGUGAUACAAUUGAACCAUUAGGAACACUUCAAUCAGGAAUUGCUGUAGUUUAUACAACUUCGAAAAAAGGAAAACGGUUGGAUCGAAGUGAAUUGAAGGCCAAGAAAUCGGGCAGUGCGAAAAUUCAAUUUGUUGUGAAUGCCACACAAAAAUAUCAAAAUAUUAUGGGAUUUGGAGCUGCAUUUACAGAUGCGAGUGGAAUUAAUUUGCUGAAAUUGCCGCAAAAUAUGCAGGAUCGAAUUAUUACACAAUAUUUUUCAGAGACUGAUGGUAAGGAAUAAGGGCAAUCAGGGAAUAUUACUCAAAACAGUUGGAAAUUUUUUCCAGGCCUUGGCUAUGUUUUCGGUCGUGUUCCAAUGGCUUCUACUGAUUUCUCAACUCAUGAAUACAGUUACAACGACCUCGAUCUCGAUUUCCUUCUCCAAAAUUUCAGCCUAGCCGCAGAAGAUUUCAAUUAUAAAAUCCCAUUCAUCAAAAAAGCCCAACAAGCUUCCAACAAUAAUUUGAAACUUUUCGCAACUCCUUGGUCACCGCCAGCUUGGAUGAAAACAAAUGGAAGAAUGGUUGGAGCUGGCAAAUUAUUAGGAGAUCCAAAUGGAAAAUAUUAUCAAACUUGGGCACAAUAUUUUGUGAGAUUUUUUGAAGAAUAUCACAAACAGGGAAUCGAUUUCUGGUCAUUGACACCACAAAAUGAACCAACAACUGGAUUGGAUCCAGCUUGGGCAUGGCAAACUUGUUAUUUCAGCUCGGAAAUGGAAAGAAACUUCAUCAAGAAAUUAUUGGGACCAGCUUUGGCAGCAAAUGAUGUGACGAAAAAUCUGAAAAUGAUGAUCAACGAUGAUCAACGAAUCAAUCUUCCACAUUGGGCUGAUGUGGUGAGAAAAAUAUUUUCUGAUCGCAUAGUUAACUAUUUUAUCAGCUCAUGAUUUCUGGUUAGAGGGGCAAAUAUAUGUGAUAGGAAAAGGGAAAGAUAAAAAUCGGAGUGUAGUCGAAAAUGGUACAAGGUUCAUGAAUUCAAGAAUGCUGAACAUUGAUAAAAAUUGUUAUUGUUUCAAUGAAAUCAAAAACAGGAUUCAGUAGAAAUUUUCUAGGCCUGGAAUUUUGCAGUGUUUUUUGAGCUCUAGCUUUCUGAACCCAAAUUUCCUACAAAAUUUCAAGAUUCUAGAAAAAUCCCAGCAAAAUUACAUUGUUCAUUGAUCCGAUCCGACGAAAAUUUUCCCACUCUGAUACAUUUUUCCCCCAGAUUCUCUCCGAUCCAAUGGCUGCUCAAUAUGUCAGUGGAAUCGCAAUUCAUUGGUACGAAGAUUUUAUCGACCCCGCAAAGGCGCUCACUGAAACCCAUCUAAAACAUCCAGAUUAUUUUAUGUUGGCAACUGAAGCAUGUGCUGGAUAUUUUCCAGCAACCGGUCCAGAAUUAGGAAAAUGGUCGCGCGCUGAACAAUAUGCAAAUGAUUUGAUAAGUGAUAUCGGACAUUUUGUGAAUGGAUGGGUUGAUUGGAAUUAUGCAUUGGAUUUGGAAGGAGGUCCGAAUUUGGCGAAGAAUUUUGUGGAUUCGACGAUUGUUGUAAAUGCUACAGCUGUGGAAUAUUAUAAACAACCAAUGUGGCAUGUUAUGGGACAAUUUAGUAGAUUUAUUCGACCGGGAUCGACUAGAAUUGAUAUUGAGAUUGUUGGAAAAACUUCGGAAGUUGAAGGAUUGGCGAUUUUGAAUCAGGAUGGAUCGAGAACUGUUGUGAUUUUGAAUAAAAGCGAGGUUUGAUGAUCUUGGAAACUUAAAAAAGUCUCUCCAUCAAAUCUAUCAUUAAUCAAAAAAGUUUUCAAUUUUUCAGCUCUUAUCCCACUCAAUAUCAAUCUCCGACCCACUCUCAACAUCUUCACAAUCAGGAAUCUACGAAUUCACCAUCGAGGCCAACUCAGUUGUAACAAUUAUCUAUACAUAA